ACCGAGCUACCGAGUACUUUUACAAAGAAGUCACGCGCACGACAUUCGUUUCACAAGCAUGUCGGAUAGUUGGAUAAAUGUUUAACACAUAACUAUAUAACUGCUCUACUGGGCGACAGCCUCGACUCAAACUCAUAACAAACUGUUUCAGGGGACAAACCUUCUGAGGUUGUUGCUCAAUGCUUGCGGAACCGGAAAUAGUAUUUGUGUUCUUCUCGAGUGGAAGUAGUAUUUUGAUCUGUGAUCUCGCGAGAUCUUACGUUCAACAACUGAUUCGUGGAUUGCAGUCCUGUCGCAUGUCAAAUGGUGAAACGCUGCAGUCCGCUCGUGGCGAACAGAAGUGAUUGUGCUCAUAUUCUUGUUAUUGUGUGUUUCUGUGUUUGCAGGUGGAGGUGUGCGCUCUCUGUUGCCAUGAGCUCUCUGUUCGCCUGUGAGGACCCAGCCGCAUGGAGGGCUGUGUUUGGGAACUAUUGGGAUGUCGUCGAGGCGAAGUCCAAAAUGAAGAAACCUGGAAAGCUGCUGGACCUCGAGAAGUGGUACCAAGAGGAGCUGCCGACACUCAUUUCAAGUCGACCCGACAUUCAUGUCACUCGAUCGGAGUUGGUGAAGCUGAUGGAGUGGAAGCUCACUAGAGGGAAGUUCAGGCCCCGACUGCAGCAGCUGGUGGCUUCCAACAGCGCGGCGGCCGUGGAGAGAUGUUCCCGAGCGGCCUUCAGCCUCCUGCCUGACGUGCAGGCAGCCGUCGCAGAGCUGAGCUCCCUGACAGGAGUCGGCCCAGCCACCGCUUCAGCGGUGCUGGCAGCAGCAGCUCCAGGACGAGCUGCAUUCAUGUCGGAUGAAGCCGUGGCGAGUGUCCCAGGACUAAAACCCCUCCAAUACACAGCCAAGCACUACGCGCUCUACUUGGGGGAGAUGAUCCAGUGCUCUGAAAAACUCAACAAAGCGGAUCCCCAGCAGGACUGGACGCCCCACAGGCUGGAGCUGUGUUUGUGGGCGUCGGCCAAUCAGCAGCAGCUCCCACCAAAGGAAGUGGACGUGAAGGAGAAGCGCUCGGGCGCCACUGAACAGAGACCAACGAAGAAGCUGAGAACAAGAUAACAAACAAAUGUUGCACAGUAUUUUUUUUACAUUAAACUUGCUUUAUUAGUUGUCAUUUCUUUUUUAAAUAAUAAAGCCUUUAUAUCAAAUUAA